AUGUCCGACACAUGCCCCAUGGUGGGUCCGGCUUCAACAUCUAAGAUGGUGGACAAGCUCCGUGAGCAGGGGCGUGAGCUGCACAGGCGGGAGACGACAUUGCCAGGAUUGGUGGAUAACAUGCUACAAUGCCUGGAGAGAUUCUGGCAAACGAUCGAAGCCCGAACGCUGCCAUCACAGCCCCAGCAACAAGGGGACCAGCGGAAGGGCAAGAGAAACUGGAAACCUGAACCCCUUAAAAGCAAAGUACCCAUGGCAGCAAGCAUGAAACUUGCCUCAGACAUGUCAGAGGGUAAAGCUACUUUGGCCACAACAGCACGGAGCAGACAGAGAUAUGGCGGAAAAUCAGCACCUGCAUUAAAUAGCGGACUACCCGAAGCCUUCACUAUCACCGGGCACGGAGGGACCUGGCACCUCAUGGAAUCCAGGACUAUAGACCCCAGAAGCACUCCCACUCCCAAGCCUGGAAAAACCAAGCCGACAUACUGGCGUACCUCCCACAGGCGGAAAACCCCAGAGACUCACCGACUAUACCGAGCUGAGGCAUUGGCUGACAUGGACAUGCCAUCAUCAUCACAUCACCUGCAUGCCUCAAGGACAUAG